AUGAUAAUCCUUGAAGGAUUUAGUCCCAAUGCACCAAAAGAUACCACUAUUUUAUCACGAAACAUUGAAAAAUGUACAAAUAUUGAUUUGCUAAGAAAAUUUGUUAAAAAUGAUAUUAGCUGCCUUAGUGAAUUAAAAUAUGACGACAAGUCAAAAACAAAUUUAACAAUAGCAAAAUUAAGAGGAAUUCAAGAUAUUGAUGUAAUUGGAGAUAAAAAAGCCUGUAUUUGUAUUAGAAAAGAUUCAAACGUGAAGAUUUUGAAAGAUUUAAAUGUAUAUUCCUUAAGAAAUCUGAUUGGUGAAAUUAAAAAGCCCAAAUUAAGUUCAAUAGUUUUCGAUCCAAGCAUUUUACUCGAAUGUUGCCAAAACUCAGUUGAUGCAGGAGGUUUUUUCAAUGCAGAAAUUUUUUUAUCACGAACAUCUGCAGCAAUUAUCGAAUUUGAUAAAAGUGAAGUAUUAAUUGUUAAUACCUAUGCACCCAAUACUAAUAUCAGGGAUAGAAAUGAUAAGACUCAAUAUCAUUAUUUUAAAGAUUUAAUUACUUUUUUAAGCAAGUUUGAUAAGGAAAUCUGGUUAUUUGGAGAUCGUAAUGUUUUACCAAGUGUUAAAAAUGCUAUGAUCAAUAAUUUUCAAAUAUGUGAUCAGGAAAUGGAUGUCAUUAAAUUAAUGGACACAUUCAACAAAGAUAAAAAACUAAUUGAAGUCAUUAAGUUAUUAUGUCCUGAUGGAAUAAUUAUCACGAAUCACAAUUAUGUAAAUUGUCGCAGAAUAGACGCAGCUUAUGUUCCAGUUAGUAGAAGCGGUCAAGUUACAAAACUUGAAGUAAUUAGAAGUCCUAGAUAUGGGACUCAUGAAUCUAUUAUUUUACAUUUAGGUGAAAAGGUAGUUCAUUAUAAUGAUGAAGAGUUAUCAAAAAUUCAAUUGAUGAAUAAACUGGUAGUUGAUCAUACCAAAGUGGUAGAAAUCAGCUGUUCAUGCAGACAUUAUACUGGUCAAGUUUUAAAGGAUGUAUCUUCAGACUUAGUCGUUAGAUCUGGUUCAAAGGUGUUUGAGAUUCCAGAGGAUUUAGUUAAUACCAAUGUCGUUCCAGAUGGGUUGGGCUAUUGUUACGGCUUAGGUAUACAUUAUGCCUUUUUUGAUAUAGUUGUAAUUCAAAGUAAUGCUUUUCAAUCUAACUAUAUUAAUGAUCUUGAUGCUGACCAAAGAAAGGAAAAUCCAAACGGAAUUGGUACAAUUAGAGUAAUCAAGUUUUUAGAAACUGAUUUAAUAGGUAUUACUUCAAUGAUGAAAGUAAGAUUUAGAUCACAGGGAACUAGACAGGAGCAUUAUUUCAAUACCAAGGCCGAAUUUAUAAAUGAUGGUGUAGAAUCAGCACUUCGUGGAAUGUACGUUCCAGCCGCAAAAGCUUAUAAUUUAGUGAUUCAAUUUGGUUUAAAUGACUACUUUGUCAAUCUCAAUAGAAUUUUUGGUUUAUCGGAAUUUAAUUAUCCUGCUAAUGGAAAUGAGCAGAAAAAUGAUCCAGUGUUAGAUGUUUACGGCAAUGAUAUUAGAUUUUAUCUUAAUGAUAUCGAUUUCAUUACAGUAUUGAUUGAUAGAGAAAUGAUUGCAAUCGAUCCCUUAUUAAACGCCUUAGGUUUGGAUACAGAUGCUGCUUCACGUAUCAUCAGACAUAAUAUAACUAAUUUAGAACUUGAAGAUAUUAAAACGGGUAUUUUCGAAUACUUCAUGCCUAUGAAAUAUAUAAUGGAUCUUAUAAGUAAUGCUUUUAAUAGAACCACUGAACAAGUAGCUAAAGAUAUAGAAAAAUUGUAUCCAUUGACAAGAACAGAUUUUUCAGGUGAAUUUUCUGCAGGUUUCAAAAAUUGCUGUUUGGAUAUAGUAAAUUCAUAUGGCAAUAGGGAAAUAAGUGAAGAUGAGCAAAAUGAAUUCAUUUAUUUUCAAGAGCUCAUUAUAUUUAGAUCUGUCGCUCGAACUAAAGAAAACUAUAUUUGUCUUAUGGAUUUGGUUAAAUGGAAAAACAAAAACCUAUUAUUAGCAUCAAAUGGUGGUACGGCUGCUAGUAGAAAUAAGGCAUUUUUAGAUAGAAACAAGAUGGAUGUCUAUAAUUACAAGAACAGGUUCGUUUUUGAUCAUACCAAAAAUUUAAAAAUACAUCAAUGUAGAGGAUAUCAUGGCUAUACACAAAGUGUUGUUUUUAUUCCCCUCAUGGAAGCCAAGCAAGUGGCUAAAAGAUGGGGCUUGACUACUGAAUUAGGUCCAAUUCUUCAUACUAAUUUAUUGGAAAUGCAAUUCAUUCAAGAAUUAACUGCCGACUACGACUAUAAUGAAGAACUUGAUAUCGAUGUUACAUUCUCAGGACAUGGACUUCCAGAAAAUUAUUAUAAGUCUAACAACGUAGCAAGAAAUAUAAUAUCAGGUGCCAUACAUUUAUCGUCGGUAAUUCUGGCAGGUGAUUUGCUAAUCAGCAGCAGAAUUAGAGCUUAUUGUAACAAAGUGCCUGCUGUGGAAAUUAAAAAUAGAAUGGUCAUGGUUACUUUAGAAAGAGCUAGAUAUUAUGCAAACUACUUCAGAGUUCCACCAGCCGCCGUGUAUCCUGCUUUACUUGAUUUCAAGAAGUACAAGAAAAUUUUCAAUGAAAAUAAAGAAAACAUAAGAUACUAA